AUGAGGUUGCAAGAACUUCAAGAUGCUAUAAACAAACUCCCAUUGAGACAUCCAAUCGACGUCAAAUUGUAUUGGAGAGCAUCAGAGUUAGGUCAGAAGGUUUUAUAUGAAACAGGUUGCUUCGACGAUGUUUAUGAGAUAACAGGAGAAGUUUCUCAGAAGAUAAGAGACUCGCUUGAAUUUCCAAAAACUGGUCCGAUUGGAUGCGAUAAGUUCGACUCAGAUGAAAAAAUAUACUAUGUCGACCUUAACGCCGCAUACAUGAGGUUCGUCCAAUAUAUCCCGACUGGAAUUCCAAACGAAGAUGGUGAGUUCCCAGGAAGGAACUAUACAGUUGGAAAAGUCAUACAACAACUGUAUGAUAUUAGGAAAGCUUCAAACCCCAAACUUGCAAUGACAUUAAAAUUGCUUAUGAAUUCGACAUGGGGGUAUUCCAUUAAAAAACCUCAAGAGAUGAAGAGUAAACAUUAUGAGAAGGUCGACAACUUUGUUGAAAGGUUUUCUCCUUUUGUUUUGAAAUACGAAUUUACCGAAGGUGAAAGUGGCUUAGUAACCACAUUAAAACCUAUUGUCGAACAUUGGUCUUACCCUCAGUUCGCAAAAGCAGUCCUUGACGAGUACAACAAAUUCUUCUCCGAAGUCAAAUCCAAAGUCAAGGUUUACUAUGAGAACAUCGACGCACUCAUGACGAACGAAGAAGGCUAUAACAAACUCAUUGAAAUGGGUAUGGUCGGUGAGAAGAUGGGUCAAUUCAAAUUGGACAAAAUUUUCACCGAAGUUCAUGUCCUCUCCAAGCGAAAGUACUGGGCUGUUAAAGAA